CAGGACUGGACAUCAGAUGGGUGGACUGCUACUUCCCCUUCACUCACCCCUCCUUCGAGAUGGAGAUCAACUUCCACGGGGAAUGGCUGGAGGUUCUGGGCUGCGGGGUGAUGGAGCAGCAGCUGGUAAACUCAGCCGGAGCUCACGACCGGAUCGGCUGGGCCUUCGGGCUGGGGCUGGAGCGGUUGGCCAUGAUCCUCUACGACAUCCCCGACAUCCGCCUCUUCUGGAGCGAGGACGAGCGCUUCCUGAAGCAGUUCCGCGUGCAGGACAUCAACGAGCAGGUGGUGUUCCAGCCUCUCAGCAAAUACCCUGCUGUGAUCAACGACAUCUCCUUCUGGCUACCUCGCGAGAAUUACACGGAGAAUGAUUUCUAUGACUUAGUCCGAACAAUUGGAGGAGACCUGGUGGAAAAAGUUGAUCUUAUAGACAAGUUUGAGCAUCCAAAGACACACAGGACCAGCCACUGCUACCGCAUCACCUACCGCCACAUGGAGCGCACGCUGUCGCAGAGAGAGGUUGGGGGCAUCCACCAGGCCGUGCAGGAGGCGGCCGUGCGGCAGCUGGGCGUCGAGGGCAGGUUUUGAGGCCCCGCUUCCCAGGGCUCCAGGGUUUCUAAGUGAAGGAGAGAAGGAUCCCAUCUGUGGACUGAGGCAUCCGUCAUCCUGCGAUAAACCGGUCGGUUCCAGGACUCUCAGAAAAUAAAGGAUUGCUUUCAAGAACCUGUGAACAG